AUGCCGAGUCUUGCCCGCAAAGUCAUCAUCUGCGCUGCCGUAGAUGGCCUCGUCCUGCAGCCACUGUCCUCGAAGAGAGACCAACGGCCACCGUCCCCAGUAAAGCUGCGAUACGGAGACGCUGGUAUAUCUCACGUCUCGCGCGAAGCAACACCUGACUUGGCCAAACCCGACUCUUCCUUCGAGGCGUUUGGAAUAAUCGGAUUGAUCAAUGUCUCCAAGUUCAACUACCUGGUCUCUAUAACGAGAAGGCAGCAGGUCGCGACAAUCCGGGGUUCGCCCAUCUACGUUGUUACCGAGGUAGCUCUGACGCCAUGCACGAGCUACAAGGACGCCAGCGAAGCGAUCGCAAAUACUGUGCUACAUGCCCAACGGCACCCAAUCGACAAGUCCGUCGAGAAUAGCGAUAGCGAGAACGAAGACGUCGAGCUGCCCCUUGCAGUCAGCGACGAGGUCGGAGACGAUGAUGCCUCCUCGGGCGAGGAAGUCAAGCCGCCAGCUGGUGCCACCGCUCGAAAGAGCAGCGUGGCGCAAGACGUGAUAUCCAAGAGGGGAAGUUACGGUCGUUUCGCACAGCGCUGGUUCAGCAAGAGCGGUUGGAUGCAGGAUCAGAAACGGUCUAUGGGACUGACUGAUCGCGCCGAGGCAGAAGCUGCUGCCAAAGCAGCGGCCGAGAAAGGGUCCAAAGAAGCCAUGGUCGAGGAGACGGAAAGAGCCCAAGCCUUGGCCGAGGACACCGAGAGAGCGCGUGCGGCCGGUGGCCUGCUCCCGAAGCUUCUUCGUACGACGCAGAUAUUGUUCGGGUCGUCCAAGAGCUUCUUCUUUGCCUACGACUAUGACCUUACCAGAAGCCUGGCCCAGCAGCAGGCAGUGAAUGCUACAGACACAGCCCUUCAUGAGCUGGUAGAUCCAAUGUACUUCUGGAAUCGGCAUACUAUCCAGCCAUUCAUCGACGCGGGUGCCAGUCAAUUUGCAUUGCCCACGAUGCAGGGUUUCGUGGGCCAAUGUUCCUUCAUCGUCGAUAGCCAGCCUCCGCAAGUGGACGACGGUGCCCAAGAGUCGAUGGAAAUGAAAGACAUGCGCACCGAAUCAACACCAGCAUCGCCGCCGACAGAGCGCGCGUCAAUAGACCUGAGGCCUAGCGAGAAACGAUUCGACAUCACCGUAGUCUCGAGGAGAUCCGUCAAGCGCGCGGGCUUACGUUACCAUCGGCGUGGUAUCGACGAUGAGGGCUUCGUAGCCAACUCUGUCGAAACGGAACAAAUCUUAUCUCCUUCCAAACCAGAUGACACCUCCAAGAUAUACUCGUUCCUCCAGAUCAGAGGAAGCAUACCCGUCUUCUUCAAACAGUCACCUUAUUCUUUAAAGCCCGUCCCUAUUCUGCAGCAUUCAGAAGAAGCGAAUUAUUCAGCAUUAAAGAAGCAUUUCGAUAGAGCGCGAGACAAGUAUGGUUCUUUGCAAAUAGUCAACCUGGUCGAGAAGCAUGGUACCGAGGCCAAAGUUGGCGACGAGUUCGAACGGCUCGUGCAGCGCCUCAACGGCGAGAGCGAUGACAGCAGGAAAGUACCCUUUGAGUGGUUUGAUUUCCACAAUGCUUGCCGGGGCAUGAAAUUUGAGAAUGUGUCACUCCUGCUCGACAUACUGGGCGAGAAGGUUGUUGGGAUGGGCAGCACCAUCGAAGAUGGCAACAAGAUCACCGCACGGCAGACUGGCGUGCUACGGACAAACUGCAUGGACUGCCUGGAUCGCACCAAUGUCAGUCAGAGCUCGUUUGCCAAGUACAUGCUGGACUUGCAGCUCAAAGCGGAAGGCUUCGACAUGGCGGCGCAGCGCGACCAGGAAAACUCGUGGUUCAACAACCUAUGGGCAGACAAUGGGGAUGCCAUCUCAAAGCAGUACGCAUCGACAGGCGCGAUGAAAGGUGACUACACACGGACGAGGAAGCGGGACUACCGAGGAGCCUUGACGGAUGUCGGACUGUCUUUGACAAGAUUUUAUAAUGGCAUGGUCAACGACUUCUUUCUACAGGCAACCAUCGACUUUCUGCUGGGCAACGUCACAGCGCUGGUCUUUGAGGAGUUCGAGUCGAACAUGAUGACAAAGGACCCCGCAGUCUCGAUGCUCAGGAUGAGAGAGCAAGCCAUUGAGCUCUGCCAGAAGCGUGUUGUGGCAGACGAGGCGGAGGAGUUCAUCGGAGGCUGGACUCUACUCAGCCCUCCCGUUCCAGAUACUAUCGCGAGUCAGACGUUGGAGGAGGUGGUGCUGCUUCUCACGGACGCGGCCCUUUAUCUGUGCAGAUUUGACUGGAACUCUGACAAGGUCUCCUCGUUCGAGCGCGUCGAGCUGUGCCACGUGGAAAAGAUCAAGGUCGGCACGUACAUCACCUCCACGCUGUCACGCGCACAGAUAGACGAAGAGCACAACGUAGGAUUCGUGGUGACAUAUUGCCCCGGGUUUAGAGAUAUCAUGCGCGUCAACACCAGGUCUCUGUCGAGCCUGGCGAGCAAGUCCAAGAAGGACGAGGAGGGCGGAGGGCCGCUGAACUUUAGCGGCAUUCUCAACCGGCGUCAGCAGCAGUCCGCGCCGCCCCCGGACAAGAAGAUGGCAUUCAAAGCGCUGUAUGCGCAGUCCUCGAUCGCGGCGGUGGGAGAUACGGGGCCGAAGCUCUCGGAGAGCCAGCAAGUCGCGGCGAUCUGCUCCGAGAUUGAGCGUUUGGUGCAGCUGAGCAAGCCGACCUUUGCGGGGACGGAGAGGCCGGCCGUCAUAGAGAAGGGUGAGAUCGUGUCGUUGGCGGAAGCGCGCAAGAGCACCGGGAUCCUAGAGCAGCUGGGCCACUCGAUCAAGAAGCUGGUCUGGGCUUGA